GAUAAACUCAAGCCACGACGGUUCUCCGAGAGAGAGAUUUUUUAAAAAUCAAAUUGCAACAGAAGAGAGAUAAAAGGAAGAACCCUAAUCGAUUUCGCGCUCUGAUUCGUUCUACUUUUUCCACUGAUUAAUCUCAAAAAAUGGCGAGUGAGAGUUCGCAAUCUUCCUCGCCGUCGUCAUCUCAACCUCCGUCAUCUGUACCUUCUCCGUCGCCGGGUAACAACGUCGGCGAUACGUUUAUAGGAAGUUUCAUCAGUCUAAUUUCUAAGUACGAGAUCCGUUACGAAGGCAUUCUCUACCAUCUCAACGUUCAGGACUCGACGCUAGGUCUAAAAAACGAUUCAAGGAGAUGUAAGAGAGCUUGAGCAAUCGUUUCUAUGUAGUGUAGUUUCCAAAUUUGUGUUGAUAUUUAGUGAAGAGUUAAAAAAUUUGGUGACUCUAAGCAAAAUCUGGAAACUUCUAUGUUAGUGAAUCAUGAGAGUAAGAUCAUGUGGAACGGAGGGGAGGAAGAAAGAUGGGCCGCAAAUUCCGCCAUGUGAUAAAGUUUACGAUUACAUUCUUUUUCGUGGAAGUGACAUCAAGGAUCUCCAAGUUAACCCAUCUCCAUCUGCUCAAUCAAGACAAGAGAUUCAAAGUGAACAAGACGUCAAUCAGUCCCCUCACUCUAGGCCAGCUAUGACUAUGAGCUCUCCGAUUUCUGGCUAUGAUAGCGGUUAUGGUUUGGGGAGAGGAUCACAAUGGAUCAAUACACCUGCUUUGAGUAGUAAACCGGUUCCUGUCACACAACAUUCAUCAGUCCCUUUAAGCUUCCAGCCUCCUUCAGCUAAUGCUGGAAGUUUGACAGAAUCACCAGUGAGCUUAAUUGAUUCAACUCAAAGUAAUGCUGGUUCCUCGAUGCCCAUUCCUUCUUUUGUGCAAGGUAACAAAUUUGCUUCCAGUGGUGUCCCUCUUGGUAUGAUGCAGAAGCCAGUUUCAUCCUCCUCGACCAUACCCAAUGGUCCGCAGAUUAUUGAUUAUUUUUCUUCACCAAUCAUGGGGUUAGUGGAUGAUUCAUCACAGGUUGUUACUCGUUCACCUGACGUCUCUUCCAAUCAAUCAUACUCUUCCAACCCUUCUCCUCUUGGUCAAACACAACUCCAUACUCCACCUGGCCUUGCUUCAGUAUCCUCUAACCUUUCUCCACCUUCUGAAGCGCAGCUUUCUGCUCCAAAUAUUCAGAAAAUUUACCCCAGUGCACCCCAGGCUAUUGGUAAAGUUGUCUAUGACCCUCAGUCUAAUCAUCCUCACCGAUCUAUACCUCAUGAGUUACCUGCUGUGGCUUCUAAUUCAGCUCCUGUGAUUCCUGGUCCAUUGUCAAAAUCGCCUGAGUCAUUUUUCGAUAUGGAUCCGUCACUGCAAUCUAGGCAGCAGAUGGUAUAUAGGGGUCAAGAGAUGUUUGCUGCAACUAACCCGGCAUCAGCGAAUGUGCCAUCACAAAGUUUUGCUCCCAGAAAUCAUGCACCAUUGCUGCCUCUUCCAGUUUCAGCUCAUCAGUCUCGGAUCCCUAGUUCUAGCAUUGAGUACACUGAAGAAUUUGAUUUUGAAGCAAUGAAUGAGAAGUUCAAGAAGAGUGAACUAUGGGGUUAUCUUGGAAGAAAUAACCAGAGGAAUCAAAAUGAUUAUGGGGAAGAAACUGCGAUUGAGCCAAACGCAGAAGGGAAGCCUGCAUAUAACAAGGAUGACUUUUUUGACACAAUCUCGUGCAAUCAACUUGACCGUGUGGCAAGAAGCGGACAACAGCACAACCAGUUUCCCGAACACAUGAGACAAGUUCCUGAGGCAUUUGGUAAUAAUUUUCAAAGGCCACCUCCACUACAACCAGGUCAGGGUGCAUAUCUCGCUGCACAAACCAAUUACAGAGGCGGAUACCAUAAUAACAACAACAACAACUACUACUCAAACUCGGGUUAUGGUUACUACUCUGGUGGGAGAGGCCGAGGCAGAAACACACAUUUCUGACCUGCUGAGUUUCUAUCUUCCAAGGCUUUAUUGGUCACUCGCGUACACACAUUUCUACUCUUAGCCCUUCUUUAAAGUUUUAAAUUCAGCUUUUUGGGUAAAAACAGUUGUAUGGUUACCACAUCGCGAGAUGUGUAGGCAUAUCAUAUUGGCAAGUUCAUGUUCCUUUUUUUAAUCUGAUGAACUUUAGCCUCAGGAGAGAAUGUUUGUUCAUGUAGAGAAAACAAAAAGUACUACGAACCUUUUUGGUAAACGCAAAUCAUUAAGUAUAUAUAUGCAUCAUAUGUUCUGAUAU